AUGGCCGAACCCAACCUCGGCGCGAUGGCCGGAAUAACCCAAAUAGCAGCAGUGGCUGCCGGCGGUGGCUGUGGCCGCGGGGGGAAGGCAGCGGUGGCUGCCAGCGGCGGCUGUGGCCACGGGGGAAGGCAGCGGGGGAAGGCAGCGGUGGCUGCCGGCGGCGGCUGUGGCCGCGGGGGAAGGCAGCGGUGGCUGCCGGCAACGAUGGUCGCAAGAGAUGAUGGCGGAGCCCCCUGGGGGCGGCGGCGCACGCUAGCGGCAGCGGUGCUCACUGGCGGCGACGGCGCUCACUGGUGGCGACGGCGCUCACUGGUGGCAGCGGCGCAUGCUGACGGCGGCAGUGGUGGCGCUCCUCGUCGCCGUCCACCGGGUCUGUCGGGUGAUGCCGUGAGGAGAAAGGAGGGUGGUGGUCGGAAUCGCCAGGAGGAGAGGAAGGCAGUGGUGGCCGGCGCCGGCGAGAAGCGUGAAGGGGAGAAAAUGCUUCUGUCCUUGCUCUGUUUGGCGGCGGCGGCUCUCUCCCACGAACCCAGCCCCCCCCCCCAAAAAAAAACGUGA